UCCUUGCGAUUCCAAGUAGGCAAGAUAUUCAUUCUUGGCCUUUUCCCGAUCUUUCACAUUUAGAACCAAAGAUGAUCGAUUUUUCCUCUGGUAAUAAUUUUUAACUCGAUUCCAGAAAUCUUGACACUCAUACAAUUUGUUCAACACUUCAUCACAAUUAGGCUCUUUAUCUAAACACUUCUUAACAAUUAAAUCUUCCUGAGCACAAGGAUUCUGGGCCAUCAGGGAUUCCUUCACUUUCUGCCGCUCCAUGAAAGCCUUUUUAUCAUUGUCCAUGAUGAAGAAGGGAAAUCUAAAAGAGAAUAACAAUUAAUCAAAUAGUAACAAUUUGAAAGAAAAACUUUAAAACAAUUGGAAUCAAAUGAAUGGAAACAAAAACAAAAUCAAAGAUGAAAAUGAAUUUAGGUUACCAUAGAUACGGAAAACACAUGAUUUGAUCACAUGUUUCAUUGGAAAUUGUGAUUUGUUGUUAUGGAAUUUAAAUUUGAUUAUGUUACCAAUUAAUUGUCCGAUUGUCAUUAGAUCUCAAUUAGUACGUUACUUGAGUGUUUCUCCAUCACCAUCAUCAUCAUCAUCAUCAUCAACAACCACCGAUUCAUCAAUAGUCUCAUCAUCACCUUUACCUCAACAAGAUGAACAAAUUGUUGACAAUUGUAUUAAAUAUAAACCAGUUUUCGAGACAUUGAUUGGCUUAAUUGUCUCGUGUAAAUUAAAUGUUUCAUCAAAAUUAUUUUCUCGAUCAUCAACAAAUUACUUUUCUUCACCAAAUGAAAAUGUUUCUCUUUUCGAUGCCUCAAUACCGGCCACUUUACCGAUUGUUAAUCGUUCCUGUUUAGAGUUGGUAAUUAAAUCUGCUUUAGCUUUGAAUUGUACAAUUAAUCCAAUUUGUUCAUUUGACCGUGAACAUAGUGUUGAUCCAGUUAAUCCAUCGGGUUAUCGUUUGGUACAAUCAAGAGAACCGAUUGCUUCAAAUGGUUAUAUUAAAGUACCAAUUGUUUACCGUGCAAAUGAUUCUGGUCACUUGAAAACUAUUGAAUGUAAAUCGAUCCAUUUAGAGGAACAUGUUGGAUCAAUUGAUUGUAAUCAUUUACUACAAUUUGAUGGUAUCAAUUUAAAUUCUCGUGGUCUUGCAUUGGUCAAAUUCGUAUUCAACCCUUCGGACAUUACACCCAAAGAAUCAAUCAGUUUGGUCAAUGAAUUGUUACUAAUACUUAAAAGAAUCGGUGCUACAAGUAAUCGUUUAGAAGAACGGAUUUUAUCAAUCGAUGCAACAAUUCAACUUUUCUGUGAUUCUAAUCCAUGUAAACCAGUGAAAAUUACACUUUGUAAUUCACAAAGUGUUCUUGCUAAUCAUUUAGCUCAUGAAAUCGGGAGGCAAAAGUCAUUCAUAAUUAGGAAACAAUUAGCUCCAGAAAAUCAUCUGUUCAUAGGUCCAUUAACGGGAGGUCUCAAGCCAAUUAAAUCAGCUAAUUAUGACACUCGAACGAUGAUCGAACCUUCAAUUCCACCGUUCAAAUUUCUUAGUUCAAAAGAUUCACAGGUCGAUGAUAAAACUUUAAUAUCAUUAGAAAAAUUAACCAAAGAAAUUCCAAUAUUACCGGAAGAGGAGAGAUUAAUUCUCAUGAAUCAAUAUGGUUUAUCUUUAUAUCAAUCUCGAAGAUUAAUUGUCAACAAUUAUUAUGAAAUUUUCAUAAAAAUGAUGACAAAAGAUGAAUCAUUAUCAACUAAUCAAUUGGAAACUUUUUCAUUUAUAAUAGAUGUUAUUGAAAAAUCAAUUCUACUCACUAAUCAUGAAGUUGAUCAACUUUAUGAUUGUGUUGAUAAUCUAGUUGCUUGUUAUCAUUUAUUGAGGACCAAUAUAAUUUUACGUUCAAUUGCAAUUAAAAUGGUUUCUGGUUGGUUGGAAGGUGAUAGAAAAUCUCCAGAGCAAUUAAUAGAAAUCAACGAUUGGUCAACAAUUACUGAUGAUUCUUUGAUUGAACAGUUUUGUAAAAAGGUAAUUGAAGAUCGAAGUACAGUCGCUUUUCUAGUUAGAAGAGGUGAUAAACAUUUUGUCCACAAUUUAGCUCGAAGAGUGAAAAUCGCCUGUAAUCAUAGGAUACCCGAAGAUCUAAUUGUAUCCAAAUUGUUACAAUUAAUUGAUUCUAUCGAAAGACCAACAAUGGUUAAUUUCGUAGCAACAAGAAACAAAACUUGGUUAAAACGACCUAAAUUGUUCACGACUGAUAAAAAAGAUUAACUUGUUUCUCCUUAAUUGUUAUGAGAUGAAAAAAAUUUGUACUUUCUGAAAUGGAUUUCAUUGUAGAUUCUGAUUACAAUAAACAAAUUGUUCGCAAUUUAGUAUUUACAAGUUAA